CGCACGCUAGAGCUUUCAGCGCACGCGUCUGGAUCUCUAUAUAAAAGAGGAGAAGGAACUCGGUCUGGGUUGAAUCGGUGGGUGGCGAGACGAUGGCAGGAAAGGAGAAGGAAUCGGCGGAGCGAGACGAACUCGCCGAGUCUCUGAACGAUCUCUUCACCAACGUCUCCGCCAUGGUCAAAGGCGAUCUCCAGGGAACAAAUAACCUUCUACAACUAUUGGAGAAGAUGAACCUAAGGAUAGCAGAGGAAUACAAUGGAUUCGGCGAUGUAGCAUCUGGAUUAAGGGUCUUCGUGGAGCAACUGAAGGUGAAAAACAGCAACUUUGAUGAGUAUGUCCAGCAGAUUGAUGCGAUUGAUCAGCAGGUGACUGAAUUCGAAGCUGUAAUCUCGAUGCUUGAUAAAUAUGUUUGCUUAUUGGAAUCAAAGGUCCGAUCUGCAUAUGACAAUAUAGCAACUUAAUAAUGGCCAUUUGUGAUCUGACUCUGUAAUUUGAUCUAGCUACUCGAUUAUGUAUCCAUGCCCGUGUUGUAUAUUAACUGAUCUGAUUGAAUUAAUUCUCAAACAGGUGUUACCUUUGCUAUGCA